CCCCCCUUCCCGCACCGGAAACACCGGAGACCUCGGGACGCUCGGGCCCUGCCCGCGGAGCUGGAAACAGCGCGGGGGUGUCGGCGGCUUCACACAGCGUGACGUCACCGCCUCCCGCGGCAGCGGCGUGACGUCAAGAGGUGACGUCAAGGGGUGACGUCAAGAGACGGCGUCACGGCCGCGGCGCUCGGGCGGCCCGAGGCGGAGCCACAGUGGGGGCGGUUCCGGGGGCGCGGCCUGGCCUGACCCCCCCCACCCGCUCCCCCUCAUCCCCCCCGGGCAGGGUCUCGGGGUUUCCAGCCGGAGCGUUUAUGCGGCGCGCGGGGCCGUGUCGCGGGGUCCGCCAUGUCGCGACUGCACCAGAGCAGGAUCGCGGAUUUCCAGGAGGUGUUGGGCGAACCCACGGUGGCUCUGGCCAAGCUCCGCGAUCUCUGCUUCAGCGGAAUCCCCUUUGAUGGUGGUUUGCGCUGCCUCUGCUGGAAGAUCCUCCUGAACUACCUCCCUUUAGAGAAAGCCUUAUGGAGCUCUUUGCUGAAGAAACAGAGGGAUCUGUAUUCCCAGUUCCUAAAGGAAAUGAUCAUUCAGCCUGGAAUUGCCAAAGCAAACCUGGGUGUUUCAAGGGAAGAUGUGACCUUAGAAGAUCAUCCUCUCAAUCCAAACCCAGACAGUCGAUGGAAUACUUACUUCAAGGACAAUGAAGUGCUUCUCCAGAUAGACAAAGAUGUCAGGAGGCUGUACCCUGACAUGGCAUUCUUCCAGCGCCCCACAGACUACCCCUGCCUCUUAAUCCUGGACCCCCAAAAUGAGUUUGAGACCCUGCGCAAGCGGGUGGAGCAAACCACACUCAAGUCACAGACAGUGGCACGGAACCGCAGCGGGGUGACAAACGUGAGCUCCCCUCUUAAAACCACACCUAAUUCUCUGAGCGAGUACGAAGUUCUGCCCAACGGCUGUGAAGCUCACUGGGAAGUGGUGGAGAGGAUCCUGUUCAUCUAUGCCAAGCUGAACCCCGGGAUAGCCUAUGUUCAGGGGAUGAAUGAAAUCGUGGGGCCUCUUUACUACACCUUUGCUACAGAUCCUAACAGUGAGUGGAAAGAACAUGCUGAAGCAGACACAUUUUUCUGCUUUACCAAUCUAAUGUCUGAAAUUCGGGACAACUUCAUUAAGAGCCUGGAUGAUUCUCAGUGUGGUAUUACCUAUAAAAUGGAGAAGGUCUAUUCCACCCUGAAGGAAAAAGAUGUGGAGCUGUAUUUGAAACUGCAAGAACAGAACAUCAAACCCCAGUUCUUUGCCUUCCGUUGGCUGACACUGCUCUUGUCCCAAGAGUUCCUGCUGCCAGAUGUCAUCCGGAUCUGGGACUCCCUCUUUGCUGAUGACAAACGCUUUGAUUUCCUUCUGCUCGUCUGCUGUGCCAUGUUGACACUAAUCCGGGAUCAGUUGCUGGAAGGAGACUUCACUCUGAACAUGAGGCUGCUACAGGAUUAUCCAAUCUCUGAUGUUCAUCUGAUUUUGAAGAAGGCAAAGGAACUUCAAGAUUCCAAAUAGUCCAUGAGCAUAACAAAAGAUGUCAGAGAAACUGGCAGUGGAUCCCAGGAGAUGCCCCCAUGCAGUGGGGUGCAUUAAAGCUCCUAGUGGUCUCUGCAGGACUUCAGGUUUUGUGUCUGGGCUACUGGCCACCUUGAAGACUUCUUCCUACUCUAUUUAUUAGGUCAAGGACUGAUUAUGUCCCCAUCUACUUGGGUCCUGCACUCCAGAAUUUUUCAAAUCUCAAAUGCCUCUGUGCUGCCAAAAGCAGUUCUUUGUAUCUUUUUUUAUGACUGAGUUGGGGAGAAAGGAACCAUCUGCUUGGAUAUCCCUGAGGGGGUGGACUCCUUCCUGGAAGAAGCUUACAUGGAGUAAGUUCUGAUGGGGAAGGGACAGGCUGAGUCCCAUGGAUUUUGGUGGUAUAGAAGGAUCUUCUUUCUGUGAAUAGAAUGUAUGCCAAUCAAGUCACACAUCCUGUCACUCAAAUUGCUUCUGGAUUCUUCUUCUUUGUGUCUGCACUUGGCCAUCCCUGGGGUGUCCAAAGGAGAUGAUUGCAUCAGCUUCUGGUGAUUGUCAUCUGUCUGUCUGGACCACUCUGCCUGAGAAAAAGACCUUGAGAAGCUGAGAUGGGAGGACACAACUACAGCUGGUGGCUUUGUGCACUGAAACUGCCUGAAUCCAGACUUGCCUUAUCAACAAGGUCUCCUUGGAAGCAAGACCAUGGUGGUUUUAAUCAAUGAGUCAAGAGUAGUUCAAAGUCAAGCCUUAUUACACCCAGCCUUAGAGCAGGAGCUUGUUGCUGCAGGGAGGCCUCCAGCUGCUUUCCUGGCUCUGAACAGGAGCAUAUACAGCUACAGUGAGGAUUCUGAAAGACAAGAAAUGGGCAUCUAGUUGUGUGCAAUGGAGACAGACCUAUUUAUGGGCUUGUUACAGGCAUGGCACUGGGGUUUUCUGCCUCAGUGGCUUGCACAGUUUUGCCCUGAGUAAGCUCUGGUCACAGUAACCUUGAAGACAUGAUACAGGUCCAAUGUACAAUUCAGAGUCCUGUUCUGGUAUAAUCCAGUGGUCAUACAAGCAUUUCAGUCAUUAGCUGACUGCUGGGGCUGAUCCACUUCUCUGUGUACUGAUUCUGUUGGGAGUCACAGUUCUACGUUGGACACUUGUCCCUCUUGAGAGGGGGAAACUUUUCAGAGUUUCAUUUCAAACACAGCAGAGCAGGCUCAGGAGAACAUCACUUAAUACAAACUAUGGAGAGAACUGCUAACCUGCCAGCAGAGUCGAGCUGAUCAGAAGCUGCAAUCCUUGGAGGGAGAAGCUGCCAGCACCCAGGUGCUUAGGUGGUGCAGAAGCUCUUGGGUGAACACUAAUCCAGCCUGCUUUUCCCUUUCUUUCUGUGCUCUGCUGGCUCACCUCUGCAUAGCUGUUUGACACUGCAGUUUUUGGUAUUUAUGGGUAUUGAUUUGUUAAAGGUCAGUCUUCUUUGUAAGAUCUGCUUAAGCUGCUGGUGGCCUAGAAUUGCCCUAGCAGGAGGGAUGUUGUCAGCUUUCAGCUUUUUUACUAGUGCUUUAUCUUUCACUGAGGGCCAGUGCUUUACGUGCUAUUGUUAUUUUCACAAGGGUGGUUAGGGAGAAGAGGUUGAGGCAUGUGCCUGUGUUCAUAUUGUCAAUCCCAAGCAAUCUCUGCCUCUUUAGAUAAAAAGUGCUUGAGUGACACUGGUGCAGCCAGGUGUUGCUGCUGUAGUGGAUCAAGAGCAACUGAAGACUUCAAACAAUCUGUAAUUAAUACUUGUAGCUAAGUGUCCCUCUGCUGCAAUCCUUUAAAGAGUAGUUUUUCUCCAAGAAACAUUGAGUGGAUAGACCAGGACAGCUGUGUGAUGAAACAUCCAGUUUGCUGUAACUGCUGGAUAGAUCUCUCUGCCUUCCAGGUGGUCUCAUGGGCUCAGCUCUUGGGUCCUCUGCACUAGAGAGGGAGGCCCGUAGUCAGACCUCUGGUAGGCACAAAUGUAGAACCAGAGGGCUGAACUCUUGGGUAGAAUUGGAUCUCCUCUAAGCACUUCUGCCUCAGAACUGCUCUAAAUACUGUUUAGCUCUCACAUUCCAUGUAAAAGCUCUGCUUGCACCUCCUGAAGUACCUGGCCUGUCCAUUUUGGGUUCCCUUGGUGAGUGCAGGGUUCCCUUAUCCUGUGUUUUUUUACUGGUAACAGGAUCAUUCAUGAGGGUUCCUGCUCUGGAUAGCUAGAAAUCUCCUUAAAAUAACCUGAGAAGGUAGCAGACCAAUCAGGAUUAAAACUUUACUUGGGGGUCAACUUGUGCUUGUUUUCAGGGUAGUGUUUUGGGUUAACCUCCUGCAGUGGUCUUGAGCCAGGUGCUGGUCUGAAGUGUUACAAACACUCAAGGAAGAGAGCAAAGAGAUGGCCACUCAAGCAGCAGUGCAGGUAGCUGGCUGGGGACAGGAAUCAUGCUGCCUUCUCCCUUCCUAGGUGCUGAAGGGCUUGUGUUGUGCCAUCCUCUUCAGGGAGUGAUGGUGAAUUAAAGGGAGUCUGCAGUGGAUUCAUGGGAUGUGAUGAGAGCUUUGGCUACUGGGGAGUUCUCUGGGAUAAAUCCAGGUGGUGGCUACAAAACUGAGUUCUCUGGGGAGAACUUGUAACACCUUUGAUCCAGGCAGGCUGAUUCCUUCAUGAAAAGCUGUUUUGUGCCCUUCUGUAUCCCCACCUUUGUGGUAGGACUUCUGCCUGGCUGAUGAAAGGAGUUGUACUUUCCUACUUGGGACAUCAAUUUCUUUAUUCCAAGAUUUUCUCCUUUCUUUAAGAGCAAAACCAGAUGUUCGGAGGUGGCAAAAGAAAGCCUUGUUACCAGAUUUUUAAUGUCCUCGUGAGCUUCCUUGGUUUCAUGCCUCAAAAGGCUUUUGGUGAUUUUUUUUGUUGUGGAUGUCAGGCAGUAUUUAAUGAGUGGUUCCCUGCCAGUGUGGCCAAGUAACAACUGCUGCACCCUUGAGAGGUUUCCACCUCUCAUUUCUUUCCAUCCUAAUUCCCUGCAGGAGCAGCGGGGUCAACAGAAGCAGCAUUUCUUUGGGUCAAGAGGUGUUAGUCAGGGGUGCCUUUAGGACCCUAAACAGAAGGUGUUUAAAUAGCUCUUCAAACACAUUCCCCACAGCCCCAAUGUUGCCAGGCAGGGGAAGGGGGACCCGGAUCCAUCUCCAUCCCUGGGAAGCAGCAGGACCUGCGGGAAGAGAGGAGCCUUCCCUGGGGAAAGGGGUUUGCUCUGCUUGUGCCUUGCUGUAGUUCAGGCUGUGGGAAGCUUUGUGGCUUUGCCAGUGAGGUGGAAGCAAGGGGACAGCAGAGAUGAAGGUGGUGGUGGCAGUCACUCAGAACACUGGGUUUUGUGUUUGAAUAUUGUGACCUAACCUGGAAUUAUUCAUGCAUUGGUGGUGAGCAGGAUGAAGGCACUGGGGAAGGCAGGGGCAGUUUUCCCUUAGAGAGUGUGGCUUCAUCUGUUUAGAGCACUUCUGAAACUGCAGAUCAUUGUUGUGAUUUUGUUUCGUUUUUACCUUGUCUGGAAAGAAUUUCCAGAACAGGCUCUAGAGAACACUUCACCGCUCUAAACCUCUUCCUUUUAUGCUUCCUUUUAAACACUAUUUUUAUAAUGCUUCCUUGAGCGAAACGGGUGGCUUUGUGCACACAUCUGGUGCUGUGACUCCCUUGGAGUUACCGCUGCUGCCGGUGAUCACCACAGCGUUCAGCAGCGGCCUCGGACCGGCACCGAACCGCCGGGUUCUCCGGGGCGCGGUUGCCGGGGGAGCUGUGGCGUUCCCUGAGGAAUCCCAGGGCUCUGGGGUGGGGUGGCCGGUUGGGACCCACUCUUUAUUUGUGUACCCUCUCCUUCGAGCCCUCCCUGUACCCCCCCGGGACUCUGUCACGCUGCUCUCACUCUCCCAAUAAAAUGGUUCCUCCGAACGCCUGGGGCUGUCCUGAGGC